CAAGUUAAAUGACUUGUCCUGGGUCACAUAGGAAGUGUGGGCUGGAUUUGAACUCUGCUCAUCCUGAUUCCAGUCCCAGAACUGUAUCCUGUGGCCCCUGGCCAUCUGGUUAAGAAACAUAUCCAGGAGAUAGAGGCAAAUGUGUUUCUUUGGCCCAGAAACUCACCUGAUUCAAAUCCCAUUGAAUAUAGGCAACAUUUAGGGGGAAAAUGUACUUUGGCUGAAUGCCUCCUGUGCUUCAGAAGCAAAGCUAAGCAUUGGAAAGACAAAGAAGGCAGUGCAGGGUUCCCGCCCUCAAGGAGCUCCCCGGUCUAGUGGAGAAGGCAGCAGGAGAACUAUGGAGAAGAUCCACAGAGGGAAGGCCCUAAUAUUAAAGGGAACUGGGAAAGGCUUCUAGAAGAUGGGGUUUUAGUUGGGGCUCAAAGGAAGUCCGGAUUUGGGUGAACAUGCUAGAGGUUCACAGUCAGAAGAUUGCAAAGAUAAGAGAGGGCCGGAGAUCCUGCAGUUGUUAGGGAACCACUGAAAAAGAAGAACCUGACAGGCGAGAGCCAUGUGGUGGGCGUGAGGACCCGUCCCAGGGUGGGCCCAGGGUCCGAGCAGAGCAGGGGCCAAAUUGGGGAGAUGUUGGGAAGGUGAAAACCACAGGUCAGGUGAUGAAUUGGGGAGGAGGGAGCAUGAGGAUUCCAGGAUGAGGAGGAGUAACUGAGAAGUUAGCAGGAGGAAAGACGAAUGAGUCUGCUUUGGGAUGUGUUGAGAGAUCUGUUACAUGUCUAGUUUGAAACAGGCAAUUGGAGAAAGGAGUCAGGAGGUUAGGGAGAUAAAGAACAGUUGGAGAAUCCCCAGCAUGGAGAAAAACUGAUGCUCCAAGUGAGGAUUUCAAGGGAGAGAAUGGGGCCCACAGUGGAGCCUUGGAGGACAGCCUGAGUGCUAUGGCUAAGACCUGAGUGAAGGACAAGCAGUCAGCUGGGUGGGAGGAGAACCAGGAGGGUGUGGAGGGUGCUGGACUGUGAGCAGUGUAGCAGCUUUGCAGAGAGCAGUUUCAGUUUUAAGAUGAUUCUAGGAUAUCCGUUUUGAGACAUUCAGUAGGCUUUUGGAGGUGAGAACUGAAUAAGUACAUCUGAGAAUCAUCAGAGCAAAGCCAGGAUAUUGCUAUUGAGUUUUUGUUGAUGUGAAAACGUCAAGUUUGUAUUUACCACACAAAAGACAUUACAUUCAAUUAGUGUACUUCAUCCCAGUCUCUAUUUGAAGCUUCUCCAGGGGGACCUGCCAGUGUCUUUGCUGGAUAGUCUUUAAGACCCUGCGGUCAUUUUUCAUGCCAUGGUUUUUUCUGGGUCAUUAGACGAUGAGGUCGUGAGUUACCCAGGCUUCCUUGACCUGCCCUCUCUUCUCUUCCUUGUCUUAUCCACAUUCCUAGCCUUGGCUUCUGGCUCUCCUCUCCUUUAGCUCUUGGCAGUAUGGCUUGCCAUCUGAUCACUGGGAUAAAACUUUCCACAGUUACCGGAAUUGUCUUUAACAGUUUCUACAGAGGAUCAUAGAUUUAGAGCUGGAAUCUUAUGGCUGUUUUUAUCUGUAUCCUUUUUCUCCUGACCACUUCUUUCUGGACACUAGUGGGUUUUCAUGAGACUGAUCCUCUCUGAUUGUUAUCUUCAUCCUUGUCAAGUCCCCUAAUUGAGGGUCCCCCAGAGUUCUCCUUGGCCUUUUCUUUUUUAUGCUUUCUGGCUUAGCGAUCUCUUCAACUCCCAUGGAUUCAUUUAUCUCUUUACCAUGGCCCCUAGAUUUGCAUACCUUGUGCCUCCCCUAAGAUCUGGCCUCGUCACCAUUUGCCUAUUGACAUUUCCCUUUAGAUGACUGUAGCCUUCUCCUGUUCACCAUCUCUAAAACAAAACUCAUCUGUCCAAACUCCUCUUCUGAGCUUCCUUGUCUCUGUGGAGGCUUCCCCAGAUAUCUGGAGCCAGGCUGGGAAUCCCAUGCUAGCCUCUUAAGCCACCUUUUGGGAAGCAACAGCCCCUGUGCUGACACAGCUUGGAAGCUUCCACCACCUGCCUCCUUAGCAGCCACCAGGACUGGGAAAGAAGGUUCUUGGCCCCAGCAUGGGAUUGGAACGGCCACCAGGACAGUGGAGCCGCUUUCCCCGGGACUGUUGGGCCUUUCCUUCUAACUUGGAGCCGAAGCCUGUGGCCUCCCUAAAUUGGUGAGCCCUUUGAGAGUAGGGACUCUCUUCUCCCUGGGUGUUCUCAGCCCCAAGGGAAGCACUUUGUGCUUGUUCAGUGCAUUCCUUCUAAGCUCAGGGUCAUUCUGAACUCCACCUUCUGUCCAAUCUGUAGCCAAUUUUUCUUGCUUCUUCCUCCCAGAUCCUAGUUCAUGCUUUCAGCUUCUCCUCCUCCUAAUUGGUUUCCCUGCCUUAAGUCUGUCUUCUGCUGCCCUCCUUUCAUACCAGUUUCCUAAAGCCCGAGUCUGGUGUCUCUCUGCCUCCAGUUCCCCCUGGCCUCUGGAAUGGAAGAUCAACUCCCCUUUGGCAUUCAUGGCCCUCCAGGCUAGUUUAAGCUCUGCUCUCCAUGCUUAUCACUUCCCCAAGUGCACAAGGUCCAGCCCACUUUCUUCUCACCAGGGGUGUUGUGGGCCUGUAAUAGGCUCUGGUUCCUUCUCUCAGGACCUCUAGUGUCCUUGGAGAGUUGGCUGAAAGUGCCCCGUCCUCCAUGAGCAGAGGUACCCCAAAUUCCCCGGUAGCUGAGUGAGAGUGGGCCCGGAGCAGCUGCAUUGCCCUUCUGGCUCUUUCGAGGAAAGUGCUACCAGAUGAGUCAGUGGCGUGUCUUUCACGUGGCUUUUCAGGACUUUGUGGAACACAGUGAUACAAAUGAGGAAAUGCAAGAGCUGCACCACCUGCUCUGGAGGAACUCCCUUUGAAACCACAAACCAUUUCACACUUCUGUUCAUGACCCUUUGUGGAAGGGCUUCUUUAACCCUUAGAAGUAACCUUACAGUUCUGUCAGGUGGAUCACAUUUACUUAAUUGCCACUACAGGCCCACUCCUUGGUAGGCAUUGCUGGAAAAUAUGAAGGCUUUUGUAGUGAUCCAGAUGUAAGCCUAGACUCUGGCUCAGAUAAAACUUAAGUUUGGUGUGCGUCUGUGGCUCUUUUUCUAUCUGAGUAUUUGGUUUUGUGUUUGAGAGUGUAGCCUAUCCGCAGAUCAGCUUGGUGAAUGUGUCUCCUGCCCUCAAGAAGCCUGAGGUCUGGCCAGGGAGAAAGGUGAUCAGUUAAAUUUUAGUUUAAGACAGCAACACAAGCAAUGGGAUUAAAUGCCUGGGUGGGGGUUGGGGGGGUUCCAAUAUAGUCAUGAAAUGGUAAUCGGGCUCAUUUUUAAGUCCUCCUGGUGACUUUAGUUUCAUAACUAACCUCUUGCUGAGUCAAGAAAGAGUUAAUAGGCCUGUCAAUGUAUUGCUUAAACCAAAGGUUUGGUUAGUCAAUAAUAUGAACCCAGAAUUUUUGUCUUAACCUGGAAAGAAUGAAUUUUACCUCAAAAACUUAAUUUGUAGUGUUAUCCUAAGGAAAUGUGAAUUAUAAUUUGAAACUGUUCUACUAUCUGCAGCAAACUAUGGGAGUGUUUUAAUAAUUUAUUUUCUCUUUCUCUAAAGUAUUCUUAGGUGUUUUACAGUAAAUCAAUUCUGUGCCUUGUGAGUAAGAACAAAGUAAUUGUAACUUUGAAUUUUGGCUGUAAUCUUGUGUUCUGUAGAAUUGGGGGGGAGGGGGCGUGCGUGCAGUUGCUAAAAAUGCUGAACUAACACCAAGUGCUGUGAUCAUGUCCAUGUGCCCAGAAGAAUGGUAGAAGAGCCGCUUAGAGGAAGCUGUGAAUGAGGGAAUCUGUUGGUUCUCUCCUUGAGAGAAUAGCUUAUACAGGGAAGAGGUUAAAAUAAAAACCACCGUCAUCAGCAAACAGCAUGUUCCUGUUGCAAUUAUUGGCUGUGUGGCAAUCCUUUUGUUAAAUAUUUCAGCAAAUUGGUGACAUUUUUUAACAAUUUCUUUGCAGGUUGGAAGAAGAAAAGGCACUUAAGGACUGAAGAACUGCUCCUCCACCUAAGUCUUCAGCUGUUUAAGCUGGAUGCAUUGUGAUUUCCAAUAAUUGAGACAGUGAUUCUAAAAGCUGUCUACAUUAAUGAAAAGAACAAUGUAGUCAGCUUAGCUAAGUCAUCAGUGUUGCCUAUUGACUAAUUUGAUGGAUUUUUGCAUGUUAGGAGAAUAGAUUGAUAUAACUUUUAAGUUUUAUUCUUUUAAAGUGGUCAUUUUAAGAGUAUUUAAGAUAUGGAGACAUUGGAAAGCAUAGCUCCUCUCCAACAAGAGGUGACAAGAGAAUUGAUUGUGGAAAACCACCUUUAUCUCCCGCCAUUGCCUCCUAGCGAAGAGCCUCCACCACCUCCCCUGCAAACGUCCAGUGACGCAGACGUAAUGGACGUUGGCUCUGGUGGUGCUGGACAGUCAGAUACCCCAGCUGGGGAUGUGGACGCCCACUUCGGACCCCAGCUUCUCACCAAAGGAUCUGCUCCUUACAAAAGCCGCCUCUGCAUAGAUCCCGACAACUGCGACUUAAGCCCAAGAACAGCUCGCCAUGCCCCUUUAGUUCGAAAAUUCAUCCCCGAUCUUAGGUUGCUUAAGGAUGUCAAGAUUAGCGUAAGCUUUACAGAAAGCUGCAAAAGCAAAGACAGAAAGGUUCUCUAUACUGGAGCUGAGACAGAUGAUAAGGCCGAGGCAGCUUUUAGUAUAAAUGAUGUCAAAGGAGAUUUUCAUGUAUGUCCUUUUGAUGGUAGCCAUGGGAACAUAGUAGGAGUAGUGGGUGAAAGUGUAGAUAAGAGGGAUGAGGAGAAUGAGAUUGAUCAGGAAAAGAGAGUGGAGUAUGCAGUGCUGGAUGAGUUAGAAGAUUUUACUGACAAUAUGGAAAUAGAGGAAGAAACAGGAAGGUUCACAGCUAAAGCAAUUUCUCAACGAGAUAAAGUGGACGAAGACACCUUGAAUUUCUCCUAUGAGGAUGAUUUUGACAAUGAUGUGGAUGCGCUCCUAGAAGAGGGUCUUUGUGCCCCCAAAAAGAGGAAAAUCGAAGAGAAAUAUGGAGGAGAGAGUGAUCACUUGUCUGAUGGAGAGACCACCGUGCAGCCCAUGAUGACCAAAAUAAAGACUGUUCUUAAAAGCCGUGGCCGCCCACCUACAGAACCGUUACCUGAUGGAUGGAUCAUGACAUUCCAUAACUCUGGAAUUCCUGUCUAUCUGCAUAGAGAAUCUAGAGUUGUUACCUGGUCCAGACCAUACUUCUUAGGAACAGGAAGCAUAAGGAAACAUGAUCCUCCCCUGAGCAGCAUUCCUUGUCUGCAUUAUAAGAAAAUGAAGGACAACGAGGAAAGAGAACUCAGCAAUGACAUCACCCCGAUUGGGGACGCCUCCCCAAUCAAGUCCAUGGAGAAGUCUUCGGAACUGGACAGCCAGACUGAGGAGCCAGACUCCACGGCAGUGGAUUCGGGGUCCCUCGAUGAGAAAGAACCUCUCGGGGGGGAUACGGCCCAAGGAGCCUUAGGACAAGUGAAGGCCAAAGUGGAAGUGUGUAAAGAUGAAUCUGUUGAUCUUGAGGACUUCCGAAACUAUCUAGAAAAACGCUUUGAUUUUGAGCAAGUUACUGUGAAAAAGUUCAGAACUUGGGCAGAAAGACGCCAGUUCAACCGUGAAAUGAAGCGUAAGCAGGCGGAAUCUGAAAGGCCUAUCUUGCCGGCCAACCAGAAACUCAUUACUUUGUCUGUGCAUGAUGCGCCUACAAAGAAAGAAUUCGUUAUUAAUCCCAAUGGGAAGUCAGAAGUCUGCAUCCUACACGAAUACAUGCAGCGAGUCCUCAAGGUUCGCCCUGUUUACACUUUCUUUGAAUGUGAGAACCCAAGUGAGCCUUUUGGAGCCUCAGUGACUAUUGAUGGAGUGACCUAUGGGGCUGGAACUGCAAGCAGCAAAAAGCUUGCAAAGAACAAAGCUGCCCGAGCCACACUGGAAAUUCUCAUCCCUGACUUUGUUAAGCAGACCUCUGACGAGAAACCCAAAGACAGCGAGGAACUAGAGUAUUUUAACCAUAUCAGUAUUGAAGAUUCACGUGUCUAUGAAUUGACCAGUAAGGCAGGACUUUUGUCACCAUAUCAGAUUCUCCAUGAGUGCCUUAAAAGAAACCACGGAAUGGGUGACACAACCAUCAAGUUUGAAGUAAUCCCUGGGAAAAACCAGAAGAGUGAAUAUGUGAUGACUUGUGGGAAGCACACUGUCCGAGGCUGGUGUAAAAAUAAGAGAGUUGGGAAACAAUUAGCCUCUCAGAAAAUCCUUCAACUUCUACACCCACACGUCAAAAAUUGGGGCUCUUUAUUGCGCAUGUAUGGCCGGGAGAGCAACAAGAUGGUGAAACAGGAAAUGUCAGAUAAAAGUGUGAUUGAACUUCAGCAGUACGCCAAAAAGAACAAGCCAAAUCUACACAUUCUGAACAAACUGCAGGAAGAGAUGAAAAAGCUGGCGCAGGAGAGGGAGGAAACCCGGAAGAAGCCCAAGAUGACCAUAGUUGAGUCAGCUCAGCCCGGCAGUGAGCCUCUGUGCACAGUCGAUGUGUAACCAACAGCCCGAAUGGGGAGCAGUGAGACAAGCGGCCUGUGGCCCCUGGGAGCCGCGCUCAGCAGGCUGCUCUUCAGAGAUGCGUCCUUCAGUUUCUGCCCCGUCGGGCCCCUGUCAUUCACCCCCAACUUGUUACCUCUUAGGAGUCAUGUUUAAAUGAUUGAUCACAAAGGAAAAAAAAAAAGGGCUCUUUGGGGGGCCACCAAGCAGAGUUGCUAACAAACCACCCUUCACUACAGACCAUCAUCCAUAGUGUCUGCAUUGGAUGGGUGUUUCCGGAUCAGAUUCAGAGUAUGUACAGUUUGGAGCAGAUGUAUUAGCUCUAUGAAGAGAUACGGGCUUCUGUGUAUGUGCCUCAAACUAUUUUUAUGGAAGGUUUAGUUGCAUUUCAGCUUGUAACAGUUUGCACUGGGAGAGGCCCUUUGGUGCCCAAGAAAAGGACUGAGCAGUUAGGAGCUGUGUUCCAAUCUCAGCUUGAGCCCAUCCCUGCUGGAGGCCUGACUUGGGGAGCAGGACCAGGUCACGUUUUUAAAUUCCCAAACCAAAAUGACUCAUAGUAGGAGUGAGUGACAGGUUUGAUUCUCCCCCACCCCCCACUCUGACCCUUUAAAAAAAAAAAACUUGGGGAACAGCUGUGAUGAGUAAUUAAUUGUAGCGGUGAAACUCCUUGGCCCUUUGGGCACCAAAGCCACUUUUUGGCUCUUGGAGGAUAAACUUUUAACUGAAGACGAUGAUUAUUUUAACUGAAAUUUUCUGCCAGUGCGUAACAGUUACAAACUGAAGCCGUGAUUGGCUGAUUUUAAUAAGUUUACUGCCUCGAGUGCAUUUUUAUUUGUUUUUUACCCAACUCUUAAAACCCUUAAAAAGAGACUUUUUUUAAAAUACCAAGACUCCCUUCUCUUCCUCUUUUCCUUGGUUGGCACCCAGCAAAACGUUUUUAAGAAAUUGAUUUUUCUCGGUGUGUGGCUGGCUAUGGAGCUGUGCUGUGAUGCUUUGAUGAGAUUUUUGUAGCAGUCUUGAAUAGCAGCUUUGGCCUUGAUGUGUGUGGUGUGUUAAUGAUGAUGAAUUAAGGCAUUUGGGGGUGUGGGACUGGUUAAGAGCUAGCCAGAGGUGGUCCGGUACGCUUGGAUAUCCAGCCAAGAGCACCGAGGUGGACUGCGCCUCUAAAGGUUGUCUGUUGGCUCUUGGGGCCAGCCUCCUGCACCUGCCUUCAGGGGCCCAUUGGCUUCUUGUCAAGCAGUGGAGAUCGUCCACGAAUCCCGCCAUCCCCCCAUGGUCCCUGGUUGUGGUGCUUGUUUUUCUAAGAGCAAGGGACAGGUGAAGGAGCCUGCCCUCUCCAUGUGGGAGAGGUGGGGCUGCCCCAGAUGACAUGGUGUGAGGAUCUUUUCCCUGUAGACAUGCAGUGUCCUGGUUCCGAGGGGCUCUGGGGGCCUGCCUCCGUCCUCCAGCGGGGCCUUCUUGGCUGUGGGGCGGACGAGUCCUUCCAGAUCUUAGAAGAAAACUUGUGCUCAUUCAGUGGUAUGGUCAGUGUGAAGUCUGAAGAAUUGCUGUCUGUUUUUCCGUGUAGAAAAGGAGAAAGGAAGGUGAGAUUCCUCAUCCCUCCUCUUAGUAGAGCUUUAAUGCAGGGGAAGGCAGCAGGCUCUGGGAGAGACUCCUUGGUGGGUCAGAUGGCCAGAGCUCUGGCAAGGGCUGAUCUCCUUUGCCUUUGGGCAGCACGUCCAUCCCACCACCCCAGGACCGGCCAAGUGCCCGUUAGAUUUGUGCCCCCAUUCCCUGCCCCUCCUUUAUCUCCCACCCACACCUUUGUUUCUGGGUCCCAGAGCAGACUCCGACCUGCCUCAGAAGUCUCGCACCUUGGAAACAGGCAAAAAUCACAAACGCCGCCACUUUAGUAGUCAUCCCUCGGCCCUGGCUCUGAAUCAUGUAAAGGUGACUUUUGCCCUUAGCGAGAACAGGCAGAGACUCAGUGACCCAAAGCUCUGUCCAUAUUUGGCGUUGCUGUCGGCACAGCCUCGGACUCCCCUUGGGGUGGAUUCAAGGGUCACAGUUUCCUCCUUAGCAAGGAGGGGGGCUGCUGGGCUGGCGGCUUUUGGCGAAGUCGCUCCCUCAGUCUUUGAGUGUCACCCACGUGAUGAGCGCUUGAUUGUGGGUGUCUGUGCCAGGACCCAUCUGUGGACUCGCCACCUGGAGCAAGCAUCCGGAGGAAGCCCUCACCCUCCUCACUUUGGCCUGGGUGCGCAUCCUGGGGCGGAGGGUUCUUGAGGUACCAUGUCAAUAAAGUGGGACCAUCCUCUCUGCUUGUUUGCUUCUGUAUGCGCCAGCUUGGGGAUAAAACAAAUCCCUGUCCUCCCAGAGCGUAAAGUCAGUCAGGAAGGAAUGGACAUUGGCUUUGAAAGUAAGUUCAUGGGUUGAAAGUGGGCAAGGGAAAGAGAAUCCCCCUAACCUCACCCUUGAACACCUAUUAACUUGUCCUUUGAGGGCCUGGGCUUUCAGAAGCAGGGAUGGGUGCUGCCUUUCUCUGAUUCUGUGGGCUGUGGGCACUCAACAUGGGGCCCCUGGGCUUGUCUUAAGAUGUUGCCUGCCCCAAACUCCCAGCUCAUGUGAUUAUGAGGCCGCUCUUCUCUGUCAGGGGAACUCCUUGUGCGCCUAGUGUCAGAAGGGUGGCCCAGCCAUGGGGCACUGGGCACUUGGGCAUUUCCCAAGCACCUCCAAGCUUCUGUGGUAACACGCCCGUUCUUGGGGCCCCUCAGACAGGUCUGAGAGCUGCCAGCUACCUCUGGGGUGAAAUGAAGAUGAGACCAGGGGGGCAGAUUGCCUAGAAUUGGGUAGGGGAGAAGUAAGAGCCCUGGUGGGGCACAACCCCCUGGCAGGACUGGGGGCUAAAAUGAUAAGUGGCAUUUGUGCAGGGGAAAAGACCCGGCUGGGCCCUGGGCCAGACCUCUCUGAGCCUCUGUUCCUUCAACCAUAAAACUGAAGGGGGUAGAACCCUGUCUGUCCUCUGAGAUGGUUCCUCUGAGGCCCCACAUGAGCUGGCCCAUUGCAGGUUGUUCUUAGAAUGCAGGAGCUGCACCGGGUCCUGAGAGACCUGGAGGGUUUUCAAGUUGCUCUAUCCCAAUGGAAGUGAUGGGGACCCCAAAACCGAAAAUUCCAAUAAAAGCCAGCGCUCUGUCGAUGGAACUCCUGGCAUUGAGUGCUGUGGGCCUCCCCCUCUCGUCAGGGACCCAAAAGGGUAGCUGCUUUGUUGAAGUGGUCCAGCUCCUGGCCUGGGGCUAUGUGAGCUGAGUUGGGCCCAAAGGGGUGGAGGAGCCUUAUCUUGAUGGCUCCAUGUUGUCCUCUGUUGUGUGUAGGGAUAGUGCCCGUGCCGGCUUUGAAUCCCAACUUCCCACGUGGAGAGCUUGUUGGAAAAGGAAGUAAUUUGUACCCUUGAGGGCUAAGCGCGGGCCCUUCAUCGUGAAUCAGCCCUUCAGGUGAAUCAGGACAGAAGGGAAAGUCUCUUGUCUAGUCCGCUUGGCACUUUUUACCCAGGAAGAAGCAAAUGCACAGAAGUGAAGGGGGGGGGGGGUCUCAAGAUGGGAUAGAGCUUUGGACUAAUAGUUGGGAAGACCCAAACUCAAAGCCGACCUUAGAUACUUCAUAGUGUUGGACCCUGAGCAGUCCACUUCCCUGUUGCAGCCUCUGGUCCAAGGCUGCUUUGAGGACCAGGUGUGAGUCACAAGCCUGAACCUUGGGUGUCCCACUUUAUUUAAUGCUGGCUUUUGUGAAAGGUCCUGUGGCUCUGGAGAGCUCCCCUGUUGCCUCCUGCCUUCAGAGGCAUGCUCAGUCCUGGCUGACCUGACACCUCUGAUUUAGCAAAGGCCUAGCUGGGAUUUAGUCUCCUUUGCUGAGAAUUAACAUCUGUCACAUUCCCCCCAUCUCCAUGGGUUGUUUUUAUGUAGAUGGACUUCUUAAUUUCUAUAUCCAGCCUUAGGCUCUCUCCUUGACUUGGGUAUUCUACAGCUUCCUUAAAUUCAUCAUUUCCAAAGUGGAGCUCAUGGCCCACAUCCACCCCUGCUAGUGACCCCACCCCCCUUUAAAAUUUGCUCUUACUGGUGUCUCCAGGUUUGAGCCCUCUUCCAGGACAUCCAAUCCACAUCCUCAUGAUCCUCUCUCUCAGGCGCCCUUCUCCCGGUACAUAAUUAAGGACCAAAUCUAGCAGGUACUAUUAGGAAACAUUCUGAUUGGUCUCCUUGCCUCAGGCUCUCCCUGCUUGAACCUCCACACUUUCCACAUGGGGUUCUUAGUACCAUUUCUUGGGAAAUUUUCCGUUUUUAUGGAUGCCAAAUUCCAAGAAAAAUCAGUUGAGAAAUUGGGGGAAAGUGUUGUUUUGUGAGAAGUAAAGGAUAAUGAUCAACAUUGAGUUAAAAGGCGUCUGUGGACAGUGUUGAAAGCAAGAGCAGGGUGCACUGACAUAAGAGGUGAAAGUUAAGAUGGAUAGGUCCAGGGUAAGAGUUUCGAGAAGAGAGCUCAGUCAUAACUGUUGACUUUGUCUGUGCUCAUGGCCGUGUCUGCUGGUAACAGUGAAUCAUUCUUGGAAAUCAGUGUUAUUAAAUUUCUAUACAUAGUAUACUGUAUCCAAAUCCUUUGAGCGGUGUUCCAAGAAGCAAAAGAAGUCCCUAAUUAAUGAUCUUGGUUCAUGCUCUAAUGUAGUAGUUUACCUUGUAGGAGAGCUGAAUGGUAGCAUUUGAAUAAUAAUAUUUGCUGGCAUUUUUCAAUAUUUUCCAAAUAUUUCCAUAUUUGAAUAUCUGCUAUAGACUAGAAUUCUUUGUAAGUACUACUAAAUUUAAUGUUUAUUUAUUAAACACAAUUUUUUUUACUUCCCUCCCUUUUUAUUUUUUCCAAUUGCAUGCAAAGAUAGUUUCCAACAUUAACUUUUAUAAGAUUUUGAUUUCCAAAUUUUUCCUCUUCCCAAAACAGCAGUCAAUCUGAGGUUAUAUAUAUGUGCAGUUACAUUAAACAUAUUUACACAUUAGUCAUGAGGUGAAAGAAGAAUCAGUACAAAAGGGAAAAACCACAAGGAAAAAA